AUUGGGGAUGGGACUAGAGGCAAAGGUACCAGAUGACCUGACAAAGUAGACUAGAGAGAGACAGAGAUGUGAACGAGCUUACAUAGGGCAGGAGCGGACCCUGUGUCCCUGACAGAGGACUUUGCAGAGUUGCAAUAGGUUUGAAUGAUGCUGAGCUGGACUGAGCAAAACAGCCCUGUAAGAAUAUAGGAAACACCACACAGAUGAAGCAACCCCAGCAGUGAGUGUAGUGAAGAUGCUGGGUAGGGGUGGAAAAACAGUCCUGUGGGAUGGAAAAUGCUCACUGGCUUGCAGACAUCACUGGCUGCAGUAUCAGCAUUAAGCAGCUCCACCCUGUGCAACCCCAGAUAACUCCUGGGAAAUCCUGUGACUGUUUUAGCAUCAAAAGAACUUGGGAACAGGAUCAUUUUAUCCCAGCACAUAUGCAGGCACCAUGGAAAGUGUCUCUGCUGGGCUCUCAGUUGGUAAGCCCAUGGAAGGCUGGCUCAGCCUGGUAGCCCUUUGCGCAGCUCUGUUUAUGCCACCAUCACCCUGUGUGCCUGGUAGGGCCAAGCCUUGGAGAAAAGCUGGCAAGUGGAAGCCUUGAAGCCUCCCACUUGCAAACAGCAUUUUGAGGACUGAAAUUAGGGGAAAAAAAGCUGGGUUUGGGCACUCUUCCUGCUGCGAACAGGCAGUGACAGCCACUGCCCCUUCUUCCUCUGACUCAGCAGAGCACAGCCUAUGAAAGCUUGCCUUUCUUGCACCAUGCACGCAGUUAUUCGGCACCUCCUUGGGUUGACUGACCCUGUUUGUUUGGAAGCACAGCAGUAGCUGCAGGCUGGGCAGGAUGCGUGUUGCAGCUCAGUAGGCUGGCUGGGACUCCUGUUACCAUUGUACACAGCACACCCAGCAACACACCAAUACACCAACACUACCCUGGCUGCUUGCUCAACAUCCUGGGGCACUCAGGCUGUGUAGGUACCCCAUCUGCACCCAAAAAUAUGCACUUUUCUACAGACUUUUACCACCCACUCCACCAGCUCAUGACUGGGGCUGCAGGGAUGCUGGGGGCAUCUCCAGGGCUCACCAUCCCAGUGGACAUCCCCCCCUUCCACUUCCAGCCCCGCCGGAUCAGUGUGGACUGGCGUCGCUUCAGUGCCAUUGAUGUGGAGCGGGUGGCCAGGGAGGUGGACGUGGCUGUGCUGCAGGAGCACAUUGCCAGCAUCACCUUCUGUAACCUGGAUGGGGAGCGGUGCCCCCACUGUGGGCAGCCGGCAGACCCCGUCCUGCUCAAGGUGCUCAGGAUGGCCCAGCUGAGCAUCGAGUACCUCCUGCACUGCCAGGAGCGCCUGGGGACCAGCCUGGCCGUGCACACCCAGCGCCUGGAAGCUGCCCGUGCAGAGCUGGUUUCCACCCAGCAGCGGGCAGCAGAGCAGGCAGUGCAGCUCCAAGUGUCAAAAGAGGAGAGCAGAAGAUGGAAGAAGUUGCUUGCCAUACAGCAGCCCCUUUUGCAAGCUGGCCCCAACAUCUAUUGCAAGUGCCACCUUUGUGAUAAAGCCUUCAUGAACAGCUCCUUCCUGCAAGCCCAUGUGCAGCGACGGCACGCAGAGACCACCGAGAAGGAGAGGAGGAAGAUGAAAGAAGUGGAGCAAAUGGAGGAAGAGGUGGAGGAGCUGAAGGCAAAAUUGAGGGAGAUGCAGCAGCAGCUGGAAGCAGAGAGGAAAGUGGAGAAGCUGCACAGGGAGCAGGAAACAGAGAGAGCUUGCCAGCGAGAAGAAGAAGGCAGGAAAUACCUGGAAAGGUGGAAGGAGGAGGAGAGGACAAAGCUGCAUGAAGAGAUAGAUGGCCUGAAGCAGCUCUUCCUCACAGCAUUCAAAGACAUGGCAAGCAAGAGCAGCGUCAUGGAGGGGAAACUGCAGGAGAUUCAUGCCAGAGAGGUGUUGGAGUCCAACCUGGGAACCCUGAGGGAUGAUGACACCGAGGAGGCAUGGUGGCAGGCAUCAGGCCGGGCAGAGAGGGAGAGGAUGGCGGUGCAGAAAAAGAACAAGACACCCUGUGACACCCCAUCCCAGGACCAGUGGGCAGUUAUGGACCGUGUCCAUCAGCAAAUGGAUGCCCUCAGCACCCACCUCAGGGAGCAGCCCAGACUCACCAAGUCCCAGGAGAAGAAGAUCAAGCUGCUCUCUGCCAGAAAACCUGAAGUGACCCAGGAGGUGACCGAAGUGGAAGCUGAUGAAAAGUCAGCAGGCAGCGAGGAGGCCAUCCAGGAUGUGAAGCAUAGGCUGCGGGAAGCCCUGCGGAGAAACCCAAAUCUCCUGAAGCAGUUUCGCCACAUCCUGGAAGGAGUGCUGGAGGAAAAGCUGGAGAGCAUGGGUGUCAAGAGGGUUGCAAUGGGAAUCUCCACUCGGACCUACAAAAGACUCCAGGCUCUGGUCAGGCUUCAGCAGCAACAGAAGGCUGUGAAAUUUCCUGGUCUCCUCCACCUGAGGGAUGAGUUGGUCCAAGCACUGAUGGAGAAAGUCAAGCGAUGCAAGAAGUCCAGCAGUGCUUUGCCUCAGCAGCUCUCUGCCACCCCAGCUCAAAGCCUGAAGACCCCCAGGUCCCUUCGUGGGUCAAAGCCCAUGAGUAUACCAGCUGCAGUAGAGCCUGAAGCCACAGUGAUCCCUCACCCUGCGUCUUGGAGCAGAGCCCUCUCCAAGUACAGCCCCUCAAGGACUCCUUGGGGCACUAUGGGGACCAGCAGACCCCACCGAGUUGUCCCACGAAGUAGCUCAGAAGUGAUGCUGAGAGGGAAGCAGCUCAGCCUGCUCCCUGUGAAGCCAACGCUCUCUACAGUGAUGCUGGGUGAUGAGACUGAUGGGUCAGACCUGGACUCGCUGGAGGAAAUGGCUGGUUCAGGUACCGCCUGUUCUUGUAGCAACUGCUGUGGGUCAGUGAAGGGAUGGGAACAACCCAGGUUAGUACCACCAGUGUCACUGUGUCACUUUCUUCCUGGGGUUGAAGUGGAACAAGUUGUACUCCACCCAUACCCAGCCAGGCAACAGGGCACUGAUGGCUUUAUCUAUCAACAACUUUUGUACCUGACCCUGCCAGAGUAUUUUAUAGGAUCUUAUAAUAGUUUGGGUUGGAAGGGACCUUAAAGCUCAUCCAGUUUCAACCCCCUGCCAUGGGCAGGGACAUCUUCCACUAGACCAGGUUGCUCCAAGCUCCGACCAGCCUGGCCUUGAACACUGCCAGGGAUGGGGCAGCCACAGCUUCUCUGGGCAACCUGUGCCAACCCCUCACCACCCUCACAGGGAAGAACUUCUUCCUAAUAUCUAAUCUAAAUCUCCCCUCUUUCAUUUUAAAGCCCUUACCUCUUUUCCUGUCACUAUAUGCCGUUGUAGUGACAAAAGCCCCCUUCACGCAUUGGUAUCAACCCCUUUUUCCUAGGGCACAGUAGAGCUUCAUCUCUUCCUCUGCACAGGGGGAAAGCGGACUGUCUAGAGGAUUCAGGGAACCCCACAAGACCCAAAGGGCUGACAAACAUAAGAAGGAAAGCUUGUUUUAACAGUUUGCUUUAUGCUGUAAAACCUGUUG